AUGGAAUAUGACGACUAUAUGUAUAUGCUAGAAAAGCUUAAGCAAGGGCCCGAUGCCGCUCGAGGGGAUGACACCUCAAAGCUCAAGGGGCUCAUCGCAGACUGGGUCAAUCAGGAAUUGAAGCUGAAUCCCCCAGUUGACCCCAAGGAUAAACACCGAUGUGGUUUCGUUAAUGAUCAUCUCACUUAUGGUCUUCGCAACACUAACUUGAAGGACCGGUCAGUGUUAGAACCAGAAUCAGGGAUCACGCAGAUGGCCAAUCAAGACAAUCUAGAAGAGGGCCUCUUCAAAAGCACUCUCUUACUUCAGGCUUUUAAAGCCAUAUUCACGUCUCCCUCCUCUGCAAAGGAGGUUGCCAUGAGGGAUUUCAAUUCAGGCAAGAAAGUUAAGACACACGUAGCACAGAUUAUCAAAAUGCACAAAGUCACAGCCUGCUCAAUUGCAUAUGUCUCAUGUCAAUUGCGAUUUGCGCUGUCAUCUGUGACAUCAUGGUGCUCAGUUGAUGGCGACUUCAAUUACAUCCUGUUCUGGCAAAGCAUUGUCGACUUCUUCGAACGGCCCCCUGGUCAUAUGGUGCAGUGA